CCGAAAACCCACUCAUGCAUCGCAUCAAACCACUGUGUAUCCACUCGGUGUGCAUCCGCACCUCAAUGAUGUCUGUCGGCUUACGGCCCCUCAUAUUCCAGCCCAUACCGCCCCACACAACGCGCCUGGCCCCACAGAGAGGCCUGCCAGACACACACAAGGACAUGACGGGUCUAUGAAUGAGAAGCAGCUCAUGGGGCCGUCUUCGAAUUCGCGCACCUGCUUCAAAAAGUCGCCCCAGGUGAUGCCCUUCGACUGACACACACACACACACACACACAUGCACUCACACGAAUCUACCAGCAUCGAUCGAUGGGCUGACCUUGUCGGAGGCCGUGACGGCGGGUGUGAGCAGGGUCGUCUGGUAGCCUCCGGACUCACCCGUCCUGUACUCGUGCACGCACUUCUCAAACACCUCUGCAGGCACACACGCAGCCCAUCAGUCCGGGCCGGGGCCGGCCCAGAUACACACACACACACACACACACACACACAAGAACAGGCGUACGAGUGGUGACAAUGAUGGACUCGUAGGGAUACACGACAUCGUCCUUGCGCUUCUCGUGCCGCUCCUUUCCUCGGGGCUCAUGAGCAUCUGAUUCAGUCUCCUCGUGCCACUCAGGUUCCUGGAUACCGCUCAGGUUGAUGCUCCUCGGCUCAUUCGGCCGCUUGGCCUUCUUGACCUCCUUGAGCACCUCCUGCGGCUUCUUCUCGUGGUCCAUCGGGCUGUCCUUCUGCCGGGGCACCGCACCUCAUUUGUGUAUGCGGCUAUGCUGCAGAGCUCAUUGUGGCUGAUCUGGAUUUGUGUGCAGCAGAGCGACUGAUGUAG